AUGGAUUCAGCGCUAUCUCACGGUCGCUGUAACCAACUGCGUCGCGGUUUCUCUCGUCGAUUGCGGACCAUUGCGAAAGAUUGUGCAAUAGUGGGCGUGGCGAUACGAGAGGCUCGGAAUUACUUUAGGAAAGUAGUACACCCAACGUACGGUAAUUUGGUAGAUGGAAACCGCUCUAAACGAACUCUUUCUGCGCUCAUUUCGUCGCUACACGGACUAAACCCACUAUUUCUUUCCAUUUCUGUGCCCAAACUUUUAACAAAUUUUGGAAAUUACCGCUGCCUCUCAGGUGCACCUCGUUACCAUGUGCGCCAGCGCGGAUCGAUAGGAGGCAGGGCAGCCGGCGACGAGUUCGUUGAGUCAUUCACUCGCUAUCUUCUUUCUGAGCGUCGUUCGUUUAUCGGCGCUCUUAAAUCGGAAGGUUUCUGCGUUUUUGGGAUCGCCUUUAAGGUCCCGAGUUAUCGAGUAACUUUCAAAGGUCGUAGGUUCGCCUUCGAGCGCACCGUAUCGUCGCGUACCGCUAACCAGGUACUUUAG